UUCAUUCCCCGACGCAAGUGGCAUUCUCGCAGAUAAUAAAUUCGUAAUCGUCUUUACAUUAUUCGUCGGAAGAAACAACCAAAAAAAGAAAAAGAAAAAAACAGUUUCGUUACGUCUUUUACACAACCCCAGAAGUCAAAAAGACAAAACCUUUCGAGAGAUUCAGAUGGGUUCUGAAGGGCCAAAAGCUAUUACGAUUCACGUGACUGGUUUCAAGAAGUUUCUCGGUGUCUCCGAGAACCCUACUGAGAAAAUAGCCAAGAAUCUGAAGUCGUAUGUGGAGGAGAAACGAGGGUUGCCUUCUGGGUCGAGUCUUGGUAGCUGCACUGUCCUUGAGGCUGCAGGGGAAGGUGCAAAGUCUCAUCUUUAUGAGGUUUUGGAGUCCUACACUGUUGUCUCUGGUGAUAAGACCAGCAAUGCAACUGUUGUUUGGCUUCAUCUUGGAUUAAACAGCGGAGCGACAAAGUUCGCCAUUGAAAGGCAAGCAGUGAACGAAGCUCAUUUCCGUUGUCCUGACCAAUUAGGCUGGCAACCACAGCGGAUUCCUAUUGUUAUUGAAGAUGGAAGCAUUACAAAGGCAAAAGAGACUUCGUGUUCGACAGAGUCGAUUCUCAAGUUACUGAAGAACAAAGGUUUCGAUGUGGUUGAAUCAGACGACGCUGGAAGGUUCGUGUGCAACUAUGUGUAUUAUCAUUCUCUGAGGUUCGCAGAGCAGAAGGGACACAAGUCCCUGUUUGUUCACGUUCCACUGUUCUCAAAAAUCAAUGAAGACACUCAGAUGCAGUUCGUGGUCUCUCUCUUGGAGGCAAUUGCAACUACUUGCUAAGUUGUUUAAUAUCUACUACGAUGGUAUAUAAGUAUAUCAUGUAUAUCCGUCUACGGAAGCAUUGUCUUCUUUUGUUGGGAAGGGGUUGGGGGUGUUGUAGCUUUGUGAUAUAAAGACGAUUUGCUUUUGGCUCUGAAGCUUUCCGGGUCUUAGUGAAAGCAUAAGAAGGAAAGAGCCUUUUGUAAUCAAAAAUAAAUUCUCUCAUUCAAAAUAUCGGAGGUUGGAUUUUUAUGUCA